AUGAGUUGUGUAAACUCAUUAGUGUUGCUCCUCACCACUCCAGUGUUGGCUAAUUUCAAGCCACCAAUUUAUGAGCCUUCCCCAGUUGAGAAACCACCCACCUAUGAACCUCCACCACACCAUUCUAUCCUCCACCAGUGCACCACCCUCCACAUGAGAAGCCAUCACCACCCAGAAUACCAACCUCCUCAUGAAAAACCACCACCUGAGUACCAACCACCUCAUGAACAUCCACCACCUGAAUACCCACCUCCUCAUGAGAAACCACCACAUGAGAAGCCACCAUAUGAGAAACCACCACAUGAGGAGCCACCACCAGAAUACCAACCUUCUCAUGAGAAGCCACCACCAGAAUACCAACCUCCUCAUGAGAAGCCACCACCAGAAUACCAACCUCCUCAUGAGAAGCCACCACCAGAGUACCAACCACCUCAUGAAAAACCACCGCCAGAGUACCAACCACCUCAUGAGAAACCACCACCAGAAUACCAACCUCCUUAUGAGAAGCCACCACCAGUGUAUCAACCUCCUCAUGAAAAACCACCACCAGUGUACCAGCCUCCUCAUCAUGAGAAGCCACCCAUUUACAAACCUCCACCACCUUAUUAUGGCCAUUAUCCACCAUCCAAGAAAAACUAAUAACAGUGGCCACCAUCAUAUGUUUUCGUCUACACAAAGUUAGUGCAGUUGUGUUGGUCAUAUAUAAAGAUUUUUCCUUUCUUUUU